GAUUUUGAUGCUGUAGGAAGCAUUUAUGACACAUUUAUUAAGUUAUUAAAAACAUAUUCAGAGCGUUUGAGGGGUAUAAAAAUGCAUUCAAUAAUAUCAAAAAACGCCAUAAACAAUUUAUCACAAUGUUUAGAUGCCAAAAUUCACGUUUAAAAGUCAAAUUUUGGCGUUUUAAAUGGCAAGUCUCGUGCUUUUGAUUGAUCUCGCGAUUUUCCGACACAAAACCGGAAAUCGCGAAUGUGUCUGGGUAGAAAUGGAUGAUGAGGAAGGGAAAAUGGAGAGUUGGGGAGUAGGAGAUGGACCUAAGGGUGUUGCAGAACAUCAGAAUGGUGAUUUAGGGGGGGAGAAAGGUGCAAAGAUCCAAAAGAAUGAGACAAGUGCAUCGAAAAUCACCAAAUCAACCAAAACUCACCCAUCCAACCACCAAAAUUCAUCAAAACUGAUGCAAAGGGCUCACACGACACAGCCCAUCAUCCUCAGAUCCAUUCCCCAUCAAAAAAACCAUUCAAAUGAUAGUGAAUCGUCCAUGAGUCCGGAUGACAGUUCCAAAAUGGAAGUGGGCAAAAACUUCAGCCCAAGAAACCGACCAAAUCAAUCAAAAAUGACACAAAAAGCUGGUGUGAACCAGCCUAUGACCAUCAGGUCCAACCACCAUCGAUCAAACUGCAAAAUUCCAUCGAAAUUGUCCAACAACUUCGAUUGAAAUUUCAAAGCGGACUCAAGUGCUGACAGUGCAUCAGACCCACCAGAGGUGCUGAAACCGAGACUAAGGGCGCACAAAGUGGCCUGACACCAUAAAUCUCGCACCCUGCCGAUC